UUUUAUUUAUUUUUUUCAAACCCGGAAGUGGGUGACGCCGUUUCUCGUGUUGUUGCUCGGCCCCCACCCUUUAUCGGUGUAUUAUUGAUCUGUAAGUUGUGUCACUGCAUUAAUUAAAAGGACAAACGUGCGUGUGAAGUUGUUUUCAAGAAAGGCUUGUUAACAUUUGAGAGUUUGGAUCCAUCUGGAUGUUGAGUGUGCGGGCUCUGUUUGGGAUCGGCUUCCUGGUGACCUCAAGGGCCACGGCAGUCCUCGCUCAGACAGGGGCAUGUCCGCUGUCCGCUGCAGCUAACAACCACAAGAAGGACUGUUUCAGUAGCAGACCAGCGUCCACCAUGGCCCAGACCAUCAAAUAUCUCGGGCAGGAGGAGGCCCAACACAUUGAUGAGGAGCUCUUCAGUGAGUACGGCUUCAGUGUGGACCAGCUGAUGGAGCUGGCUGGACUCAGCUGUGCCACAGCCAUCACCAGGGCGUAUCCAGUUACUUCCCUGGUCAAGGCCAGACCUUCUCUGCUGGUGAUUUGUGGACCAGGUAACAAUGGAGGCGAUGGCCUGGUCUGUGCCCGACAUCUUAAACUGUUUGGUUACGAGCCCACCAUCCUGUACCCGAAGCGACCAAACAAACCUCUGUUCCAGGGCCUGACCACACAGUGCCAGAAAAUGGAGAUCCCCUUCCUGACUGAGAUGCCUGAGGAUAAAGUGAUUGAUGAGGCUUACAACCUGGUGAUAGACGCCAUCUUCGGCUUCAGCUUCAAGGGGGCUGUGCGAGAGCCUUUUGGCUCCAUCCUAAGCGUGCUGAAGAAGACGACAGUCCCCAUAGCCAGCAUCGACAUCCCCUCCGGUUGGGAUGUGGAGCAAGGCAGUGCAGAUGGACUGCAGCCCGACAUGCUCAUCUCUCUCACUGCUCCCAAGAAGUCUGCCUCCUUGUUCAGAGGACGAUACCACUUCCUGGGAGGCCGGUUUGUGCCACCAGACCUAGAGAGGAAGUACCAACUCAACCUGCCUCAGUACCCCGGCACGGACUGUGUGUUACAACUGUAGGGGAUGUAGGUUUGAUGAGUUUCAGCGGCUCCAGGAAGGAAGUCGUCUUUAAAGGAAUAGUUUAACAUUUUGGGAAAUAAUUCUCAUUUGCCUUUUUUUCCAAGAGUUAGAUGAGAAGAUUGACACUACUCUCAUGUCUGGAUGCAAAUUAAGACUGUAAACAGGGGGAAACAGCUAGCCUGGCUCUGUCCUAUACCUGACGUACCUCGUCAGUGAUUAUUUCUCUCAUUUUCCAUGAGUUUUGUCAUCACAGUGAGGUUACAAGAUAUGGUACCAUCAUGCUUGUACAAAGAUCUAUACUUAAAACCUGUGUUCAUUGACUGUAUCUGGCAACCCGUGCUAUAGACGGAGAUUAAAUUGUGGGACGGAUGAAUAACCUGUUGUUCUUCAAAAAGUAAUUACUGCACACAAGUCCCCCUAAAACCACAAAUUGUCAUUUUUACAUUUCUGUUUGUGUACAGAAAAAAAAAGAAAGAUAUGUGUUAAUUAGUGAGCGUUUAAGGAGCUGGUAGGUGUAUUUUUGAACUUUGGACUUGACUGCCUCCAGUCUUCAUGCUAAGCUAUGCUAACCAGGUCCCGACUCCAGCUCUGUAUUUAACACAUAGAUAUGAGAGUGGUGUCAAUCUUCACAUCUAACCUUUGGAAAGAAAUCAAAUAAGUGUAUUUCCUUAAAUGUUAAACUAUUCCUUUAAAUCUGGGAAUUUGAUUGGUUCCCAUUGAGUGAUACUCAACUUGGCCUGCGAUAGGGUGCCGGGUGGCCCGACGACCAUUUUCUAAUUCACAAUGAAAAUAAAUUUAUAUGAAUUAAUUCACACUGGGAAUUUCUUUGUUUGUUUAUACCAAUUAGUACAUUUCAAUAAUGUCCCUUGGCUGUUAUUUGGGAAGUUGCAUAUUAGCCAAUCAGCAAUCUGUGCAGUGGAAAGAAGUGGUGACACUUGAUUUCUGGGAAAAGUUCACGUACACCUGACCUGCGCGGGGCUGCACAUGGGAAAAGUUUGCCUUCAGGCCUUUCUGCCAGAAAACCCUUUCCCAAGGUUUUCUGGCAGAAAGGCCAGGUGAGUGAUUGUGUGAUGGAAGAGGUUCUAGCUACGUUUAAUGUUGUAUAAACUCUUUCAAAUGUAACCAAAGCAUCUACAGCUAAAAUGCAGUUGCAACUAUUAAAUGCAGUGAGUUAUCUGUCCUAUAGGUCUAUUGUCAAUCUAUGUACCAAGUUAAUAAGUCGUUUAAUUUAAAAAUAAAGAAUUUCAAAGAAA